CAUGCGGAAUUAUGUGCAUGAAAUACUCAACUCAAGGACUCAAAGACAUUUUUUAUCUCAAGAUUGUUAGACUUAUAGUGUUCAUGAGGAACUAUGGGCAUGAACUACUCAAUUCGAAGGAUGAAUUAGAGGCAAAACUCGAAGAAUUAAAAGAGCAGUUGCUUCAACAAGCAACUACAGUUUCUGCUGCUCCAGUUCCAUGUUCCUGUAGGGAAGCAACCUGCUCGGCCCAUUCCUUCUCUGCUAGUCCUACCUCCACUCUGUGUGAUGUGUUUCAAAUCUCAACUACACCUUGUGCAAUUGAAGUUUUGUCUACUUGCGUAUCUGCCUCUGACGUUGGUUCAUGGUGGACGGUUUUAGUGGAUAUUUAAGGCGAGGUCUGAUUCUCUGUGGGCUCUCUUUGAUUUCUAAUAGGAGAAGUACUCGCGGGUAUGAUGAUGAGUCUGUCUAUGAUAGAAAACUUGAAAGGAAAAAG